CUGUCAUGGCGGCGUAGGAAUUUUUCAAAAAAACAUAAAUAUUUCGUUCUAAAAACCACAAAUCCACAAUAUGUAGUGAUCUUAUAGGAACAGAUUUUGAUGAUCUUGGAUGAACUGUCAUUAUGAUCGAACAUCUUCAAUUAGCUUCACAAGGGACUGUGGAUCAGUAACAUCUCAAGUCAAGGUUUCCAGAGGCAAGUAGCCCACCGGGGCCGCAAGGUCCCCAAGGAAUUGUCCAGAUGUUCCGAGCACAGAUUAGUUCUCCGACGAGUUAUGGCGCAACCUCGGGAAUGUCAUCAUACAAAUCAUCGUCACCGAAGCCAACAAGACGUGUAACAACAUACACGAGCAGCUAUGCUGCGCCACCUAGCAGUGCUGGUCGGUACAGCCACAGGACGGAUAUGACACGAACUGGUGGAACUGGAAGGCCUUUGCCAAACGGGCCGGGUCCGCUUGACUCUUCAGGGCGGAAACUAGAACCUGUGAUGCUCAGGCCGAAAGGCCGCACAGGUGGACUCCCGCCUGGUCCAGUCAAAGCCGACCACAGCCAAAAGCCCUCAACGCUACCACGAAAAAACUCAUGGAAGCACAACGAUUGGCUGGAUGAAGAUUUCCCGACGCCGCGCUUGGACCCGACGAAGAAGUCCCGCAGCAUAGGUGAUCUGAGUCUAGCGUCUAGCAUAGACCGAAUGUCCGUGUCGGGGAAUUCCGUAUCUUCCACCAACAAAUACAGUAACUUUGGCAGCCAAAACAGUUUGCGUGAUAUUGGACGGCGCGACUCCACAUCAUCCAGAACCGGUUAUAUCGAGUCGAUAGCCACAGGAUACGUUCCGACUUCUACGUACUUUAAGACUAAUUCGGAUUCAUAUCGCUACAAUAAUGAAGAGAAAUCAAAAAUUACAGCGAAGUUUAUCCCGGACACGUCUACUCGCAGAGUAUGUGACCUUGAUCGUGAAUCUCCUGGAGGGACAUGUAGAGUGUCGUCGGGAUCGCGUGGAUCACCAAGUAGUCGAAUUCAAAACAUCUCCAGUAAUGCAAACGGUUUCGAUAGUUGUGGUUUGGUCGGGUUGCGGAAUCUUGGUAACACGUGUUUUAUGAAUUCAAUCCUGCAGUGCCUUAGCAAUACAAAGCCUCUCCUCGAGUUCUGUGCUAAUGAAGAUUACAUUAUGGAUAUCAAUACAUCUUCAAGUCAUAUGAAGGGAGUGCUAGUCAAAGCCUAUGCAAAUCUUAUGAAGGACAUCUGGAAGAAAGGACGAUCGUCGGGAACCGGGUACGUUUCGCCAACAUCGUUCAAAAGCAGCAUUCAGCGGUUUGCGCCAAGAUUUGUUGGAUAUAAUCAACAAGAUGCUCAAGAAUUUCUCCGCUACCUGCUUGAGGGCUUACAUGAAGACGUGAAUCGCGUACCCAAGCGGCCAAAACCCGAGCCACCAAAUGAAAAAGAGGAGGACCUCAUGAGAGACGGUGAUAAGGCUCUACUGUACUGGAAGAGGUACAUACGGAUGGACUACAGCAAGAUAGUUGACAUCUUUGUUGGACAGCUCAAGAGUACUUUGAAGUGCACCGAUUGUGGAUACUGCUCAACGACCUUUGACCCCUUCUGGGACCUGUCUCUGCCUAUACCCAAGAGGAGCACGUCGGUCAACCUGGAGGACUGCAUCAAACUGUUUACACAAGAGGAAGUCCUGGAUGGAGAUGAAAAACCGACAUGUGCAAGAUGUAAAGGGAGAAGGAGAUGUACCAAGAGUUUCUCUAUGCAGAAGUUCCCCAAGAUUCUCGUGCUUCAUCUAAAGCGGUUUUCCCAGGAAAGAUAUCGGGGUAAACUGACAACGUCCGUCAACUUUCCACUGAAAGAUCUCGAUCUCUCACCAUUUACUGCUGAUAAGAGUGUUGGUGGCGGCAAGUACAAUCUCUACGCAGUCUCCAACCACUCGGGUACAACAUAUUCUGGGCAUUAUACCGCUUACUGUAAGCACCCCUAUACUGGAGAUUGGCACGAGUACAAUGACAGCAGGGUUCACCCGUAUUCGGCGAGGAGCGUGUCAUCUUCGGAAGGAUAUGUGCUGUUCUACGAAUCAAUGGGCGCAUCAUCACGGUUAUGACCGCAAAAACAUUUAUCAAAGUUGCAGCCUGUCUCAAAAAAAAUGUUGGUUUUGCUAAUUUUGCAUGUAACCGAUUUUAUGCAAUAAGAUUAUUGCAGACGUGAUCGUCGGGUGGGUUCGAUGCCUUAUUAUGAGAUUGAACAGAACGUUUUAAAAAAUGUAACGAACCAAUCAUGUUUUAUUGUGAGGAUUGUUUUCUGUUGCACGAAAAACGUGUCAAGUUAUUUGCAACAUGGUGCCCCGUGCUUGGUCUAUAAGUAAGAAGGGCUAUUUUUAUUUCAAUGAUAUAUCAAGAUUACGACACAAUCGAAAUUAUUCCUUGGCACCAAUGAUGAUAUCUGACGCUUUCGUGUGUGCCUCUCACUUUUAGGGAGGAAUUUCUACAUAUCCACAAGAAGAUCUUUCAUCAGCGGGUAAAACUGGUAAAUAUUUGAUCACAGGUCAUCAGUUUCGGUCGCAGGUACCGAUGACUAACGCACACAAGCAAUUAUCAUCACAUGCAACUCAAAUCGCUUGUAGUCUAUCGAGAAAAUGUUUGUAUUUGUCUGUUUAUUAGCUGGAAAUGAAAUAGAGACUUUUCCCCUUCUUCUCAACAGCUUGACCUUAAAGGGUUUCGCGAACGAGAGGUUUUGUUACAGUGAGUUGCGAUUAUCAUUGCAUAAGACAAAAAUCACCUGUCUGCAGGUGGCUGCGACAAAAGACGGAUGUCACUGCAACACUUCAAUAAACAUCAAAUCCAGCACUGACCAGUUUCACCUGCAGACAAGUGAUCUUUUGUCACUCAUCACGGUGACAAUUAUCGUAUGUCGCUGCGAUAAAAAUCAUUCUUUUGCGGGGCACUUAAAUCUAUGGUGUAAUCUUAUCCUGACCCUCCUGGUGCUUUACAAUCCUGCUCAGAUAUUUAACUGCUAAGUUUCGAAUUUAUGCUGAAUUCUGCUUCAGAUUUUGUAAAAAAUACUUCCAAUAAUUUUUUUUGAAUUUAUGCAAAUUGUUGUUUUGCUGUGAGCUCCACACCAUGAAUCUUUCGGUGAAUUGAAUCAUUUAAGUAUCGGUACAAAAAAGGGUCAAUUAUUUCAAGUUAUGAAAUUUAUUUUCCACGUAAAAAUUUUCCUGAGAAUCUGAAAAGUAGGAAAAAGGAAUGAGAGAUUUUACCAUGAUUGAACUCGUUGCUUUCGUGAAACAUUUUCAGUGACAAAACUCGGUAGCCUCGGUUAUUGUGUUAUCAAUAUUGUAAGGUGCAGCGCCCCCUAUAGAGGCCAUGCAGAUGACAUCAUUACAUCAUUGAACAUGACGCCAAAUUAUAAUCCCACCGCUUUUUAAUUUGUGACCUUUAUGAUUCUCAAACUGCUGACUUUGAAUUUUGUAUACGUUGCCGGGAACCGUUACUGCUUGUGAGUCGCAUACGACUAUAAAAAGCGCUGUUGUAAAAGUUAUUUAUAGUUUAUUGGGAAUGUUUUGAGUUGACUCCAACAGGGUUUCCGCCAAGAUUAAAUUUGAGGGGAGCAAAAAAAAAUUUUUUUUUCUUAAAAAGGUUAUGACCCCUCCUGAGACGUUUUUUGGCCCUAAAACCGCUACAAUUGGCUCCCAAAUGCUCUUAUUUUACAUAUCAAAUCAUGAAAAUUACUCAUUUGACAGUAAAACAAACUUUAGUGCUCAAAAUUAAGGGGGGGAUAUCCCCCUUGAAAUAUUUUAGGGGGGGAUGAAUCCCCCCAUCCCCCCUCUGGCGGAAACCCUGACUCCAAGUCAUGCUUGAAGUGUCGUGAUGGAUUGUGUGUGGCAGAGCACUGUUAAAUUGAUACUAUGAUGUGAUUUACAACUUUGCGGAAAUACGUCCGUUUUUAAUUGUUAAUCACAAAUGUAAAGCUCAAAUUUUCCAUUUUUGAUUAGAUUUAUUAUAAAAUCGGUGAAUGUAAACCACCGCGACCGCGAAAAAUGUUCAUGUUGUGACGUCAUCAAUGAAAACGGCGAAGCGAGCCGUCCGAGCGGGAUUAAACCAUCAAUUUCUAGAAAAUGUGCAUUUCGAUUCGAAAACCUUACCGAUUUAUGAGAAAGUGACGUAAUCAUUUGUCAAAAACAGCUAAAACAUUAUAUGGUGAAAUUUGACAUGAGUUACCCUUUAAGUUCCGUAUCCAUCUGUAGGAAAUAAGUUGCAAAUCUCGAGUCGUGAAAAAAAUGGCAAAUGUUGAAUCCAUGUCGAUUGCGUGGGGGACAGGGUUCACAUUGACUUCUGCAUAAUUGGCUGGUGGUGAGGUUAGGGAUCCGUGUUGAUAUCUUCCUCAUCGGAUUUUAGCAUCGGUUAAGAAGUGUAACGAUUGAGACCACGCGAUAAUUGUGAUAAAAUCAUGUACAGUUAGUCGAAUCGUUUUAUAUUAUUGUUUUAUAACUUUGUAUCAUGCUGUGCAUAGUCUUCGUAAGUUAUGUAGUGUAAAUAGUGUACAUAUGUGAAUAGUGACUUAGGCGACCACACUUUUGUACUGUACUUGAGACGAUCACUUUGUACAUUGUAGAUUGUAGGCUAAUUUCGUAUCGUUCAGGCCCGGUUGGAGACAAGACCACAAUUGAUUUUUUAAGCCUUUUAGCAGUUAAAUUGUCAAUGUUUGACCGCGACGCAUCAAAGAAUGCGUCAAGUAGUGAAACUGAAAUUCGGAUAUGAUAUACGGGUUAGUCUUGCGAGUAACUGGUGCGAUUUAAAUUGGUGAUUGACCACGGAAAUUUUUUUUUAAAUUGACAAGUUUGACACAAGUUGACAUUUUUACCCAUAUCGGCCAUUUUCACUCCAAAUUUGAACCACCCACCUAUGGCCAGGUUGUCGAAAUUCAAAAUUAUUUUUUUACCAAACAAUUCCUUUAUAUCUGUAGACUUGCCACAGCAAAUAUUUUUUCAAUACCUCUCCAAAUAUGUACUUGAGAGUAAAAAACAUGCACUCGUCUAAUUGAUAGGCCUCGACCCUCCAACCUAUGAAUAUUCAUUAGUGGACUUGUCACGUUGUCUAGUUGACGUUCGAUAGAGAGAAUAGGGAGUUUCUGCAUCGCUUACGAUUACGAUUUCAAAGUCGUAAUCGUAAUACUCUCAAAACCGGCAUGAACCUAAAAUUUUGUUUCCGCAUUCACACCAACGACUUGGUGUACUGUAGUAUACAUGCUUCCCGAAAUUGGUGGCUUGCAUUGGAACUAACUUUUCCCCCCUUGUCCGUCAUCAAAGGCAUUCAAGUGUGUUGGUCUACCAUGACUAUCUCCUUUGUCCCUCUACCAAAAGGCCUAGUUUCCCCUUAUGACAUCACUAUUUCGGACACUCAGCGCCCCAUUUCUGGAAAGGUGUAUAGGCCCUAUACUCUGCUCUCAUGCUCUGGGUGCACUUUUCUCGGCGCUAAAACAUGAUCAAAAUCGCCGUUGAUCAAAUUAAAUGCAGUUCCUAUGUUUGACAGAUAUGUUCUAAAGUAUUCUUCAAUGAAUAUUUCACCUUGAAUUUGAAUGUAGCAUGGAAAAUAGGCUUGUCGCUAAUCCAUGUAAUCGUUUUUCGACUUACGAAGAUCAGCCGGAAUCCUCGUAAGAACGAGACGAAAGUACCAUCGACGAUUUCGCUGUGGAUGACGUAGCACCAAAAAUCGAUGACAUCAAACACAAAUCAUAAUCGUAAUCGUAAGCGAUGCGGAAACUCGCUAAUAGCACCGGUUGUCAAUUAGCAUUUGCAGUAGCAUUGCCAUUAUGUGCUAAUGUAGCUUGGAAAUUAAUUUCACUGAAAGUGACAACGUUAGUUGAGCUAAUACGAUUCGUUCGAAUGCCAAUUGAGCAGCUGGGUUGUGGUCAGUUUUAGAGAUUUUAAACAAAAUUUCGUCAUCAAUAUCAAAAUUUGUUUCAAAAUAUCAUGAUCAGUUCAAAUGUUUUUUUGAGAAUGAGAAGGGUGCCCCCUGGAACCGCAUAUACUGUUUGCUUCUCUUGUUAAAGGAGUACGCCGUUUGUAAUUCCUAGUGGUCCAGGAAAAUAGAAAUGCAGUUAUACACAAUGCCGUAGUGCAGUUAUUAUGCAUACAAAUUUGCUGAAACUUGGUAUUCAUAGUAUUUGUAUAUCUGUCUACACAACGGCAAUGUUGAAAUUUAUAUUUGGUACAUAUUUUCUAUAUCUGAAAGCUUCAAAUUCAAUUACAAAUUUCAAAUAUUUAACAAAUGGCGUUGGCCUUUAAGAAGAUCUUUCAGAGCAUAAACAAAAUACUUAAUUGGUCAGUAAUCCUAGUAAUCCUUUUAGGAAUUCCACCCCACCCCACCCCUUCCCAUUCAUAAAAAUUGAAACAAAUCAAAUACAUGUAGAUUCAUAUCUCUCAUCAACUUGAGCUUGUUUUGUGCUCAAAACUGUAUCUCGUUUAUAUUUGUUUGAUUUUAUUGCUAAACUGUUGACAUUAUCGUACGAUUUCAUUAACUGUUAUUUAUUCUUUUAACUUACAAUUUAUGUAUGCUAACUUCCCUAAUUUCAGUGGAUCGAUAUUAAAGGUGGAAUAUCGUGAGCCAUCAUUAUGUAAUGCAUUCUGUUACAACGUUCGUUAAAAAAGGUCAUUUAGCUCUUACAGACCAAAACGAUAAAUCAUUAGCCCUUUCGGAAACCCCUGGUCAUACACAUGUGUUUUUUCCUUUUCAUGAAAUUUAUCAUUGCAUCACAUUGGAGGAUACCUAUGACUGUUCUGCAUUGAGAAAGCUAGUGAUUUUGGUCAAAAAGCAAAAUUAUGACUCCUUAAAGUGAUACUAUGAUGUGAUUUACAACUUUGCGGAAAUACAUCCGUUUUUAAUUGUUGAUCACAAAUGUAAAGCUCAAAUUUUCCAUUUUUGAUUAGAUUUAUUAUAAAAUUGCUGAAUGUAAACCACCACGACCGCGAAAAUGUUCAUGUUGUGACGUCAUCAACGAAAACGGCAUCGAAGCGAGCCGUCCGGGCGGGAUUAAACCAUCAAUUUCUAGAAAAUGUGCAUUUCGGUUCGAAAACCUUGCCGAUUUAUGAGAAGUCGUAGUCAUUUGUCAAAAACAGCUAAAACAUUAUUUGGUGAAAUUUGACACGAGUUACCCUUUAAGGCCUAAAAAGGUGUUUUGACGUUUAAAACUUGGUUCUUUUUUAGAUCUGAAAAAUGUUGUAGAUUCUAAUGAUCUAAAAUCUACAACAUUUUCUCGAUUUUUUGAGAAUGGCCACAUUCAUCUACGGGGAAAGCUGAGGUAAAUCACGGCAGUAUGGGGCGGGAAAGAUAUUAUGUGUCUGUUAUUUGUAGUACAGUAGAACUUCCCUUACAUAGGACACCCCUGGGACUGUCAUAUGCUGUCCUUAAUAGAGAGGUGUCCUGAUUAGAGAGGUCAAAUUGAGUGGAAACAGCCAAUUUGGGACCAAAACUAGUUUCCAUAAUGGAGAGGAUGUCCUUAAAAGAGAGGUGUCUGCUAAGGGAGGUUCCACUGUAAACAUAAUUUAUUUUCUUAAAAAUAACAUUGUUAAGCUGAACUGUUGAAUCUGCUUCCGGUUUGUUGAAUUUUUUCUUCUCAAGCGCACUGCAAACAGGAAAUAUUUGUUGCUGCGAUAAAAAAGAUUGCUUGUCUGCAGAUAAAAAAUUAGUAAUCGCCAGGUCUUAUUGUGAUCGCAGAUUGCAGCCAUCACCGAUUCUUGUCACAAUAACCUGCAAUGAAAACUGCAGACGAGAGAUUUUGCAAACAAGCAAACUGCAAACAAGCAAUCAUGAUCGCUGCAACGAAAAUUGCCUGUCUACAGGGCGCUUUAUGAAUUUGCUUGAGUAAAAUGCUGUGGUGUGUCCCAUGUUGUUGCAGUCUCUAAUGGCUUUUGAAUACCCUGGUAAAGUAUACUGCGAAAUCCCCUUUAAAUAUGACAACACAGUAUCAUGUUUUGGUAUAAACAUGAAUGCAAACAUUUCACAAAAACAGAUCUUUAUUUUCACCCUUGAUACUUUCACUUUGCUGUAAAUCUUGAGAUUUUUGGGAGUGUUGAAAUUUUGCAAGUAAAUCGUAUAAUUUAUUUUUCCCUGUUCCAGUUUGUAGUCUUUCAAGUUUGCAAUCCGGAUAAAAAGAAAGUUUAGUGGUGCCACUGUGUGGUGUCCUCGAAACUGCUCCGAUUCAUGAAGGAGAAUGUUUCCCGCCUGAGGUUUUUACUGGGCCAUCCAAAACUCUCCCUUUAUGUAAGCGUUUGCUGCAUGUUCCUUUAAUUCGCCGAUGUUUUAAACUUAACUCAUUUGUAUCAAUCUAGCUGUAGAUUUUUAAGUAGGGCCUAUACUGUAAGGCCAGAGUUUUUUUAUUGUUUGGUUCUCUGGUAUUCAGCUGGCAGGGGGAGGGUCAGAGAAAAUUUUAAAAAUAAAAGUUUGUCUAAGGGAAAACACUUCACAAAUAUUUAUUUGUUUAUGCCAAUUUUGUUGAUAUCAAAAACUCUUGCUUGGGAAGAGGAAUGAAAAUAAACGUAGUCCUUUAUUUUUUGGAUUUGGAAACUUUUUGGGAUGGGGGAAUAAAAAUCAAAAUAAUUUUUUCCUUUAUGGGAUUUGACAAAAAUUUUAUGCCAGGGAUACCGUUAACCAAACCAUAAUAAAAAAACCCACCUAAACCUUUAGAAAUUGUAGCCUUUGUAAAUUUUCCAGUCAUUGACUAUCAGGGAUGUUAAUUUAAAGGGACACUGUAGGCAGGAGCCAGGUAGUUCAGAUCAAGUUGGAUGAGGUCGCCGAUAGGGGUCUCUGCUUUCUCACAGAACAUCGAAACGAUUCACGCUUGUUUGGGAAAUAUAUCAUUGAAUAAAACAUGAUCCAGUCGCCGAAAUAGUAUACUCAGAUACUAUAGUUCUAUAGUCAGUCGAUGACUACCAAUUUGACUCCCUAGCUCUUGCCUAUAGCCCCCCUUUAAUAGAAUGUGUAUUUGAGAACUAUUUAUUAUUUGAAUGGGAUUGAUACUGUUGCUAAUGAAAUAAAUCUCAA